CAAUUAUUUCAUCGUCCCAUAAACCAAGUUAACCGUCAUGAAGGUGAGGUCGACGCUGAGAUGAAGCAGAACGGUAGCAGAGGGAAGGAUCCAGAGAAGGGGUUAGGAGGUGAAAGGGAUGUCAUGCCACCCCGCAUUCCCUUUGGAAGGCUGUGCGAAACUCUUGCAUCAACCGUCAAUACAGACAGCUCCGUUCUCCUCCUCUACUUACUCCUGCAUCGCAACGAUCUCUUUCGCACCUUUGUCAUGGAGACCCGGGCGUACGAAAAGUUCACAUUCUCCAUCUGUUCCCUGUUAUAUCAAUCGCCGGCGGAAAAUUCUCACCUUGUGUACAUGGCUCUCAUAGUUUUGCUAAUUCUCACGGAGAACGAAAACUUCGCCAAGGAUGUACACGAAAUUCCGGUGAAGAAGCCACCACCAAACGCAGAUCGUCAGCUGACAGGCGUCUCCCUGGGCAGUCUCCUAGUACAUGUUUUGACUCGAACCAUUCGGCACCACUUGAAUCAGCUGAGGGACAAGUACUUGCAUAUAAACAGUCUUGCUGCUUUGGCCAAUCUCUCACCGAAAAUAACUUAUCUCCAUUCCUACGUCAGUCAGGCCUUGGUUGAUCUCUUGCAGAAGUUGGUGAAGCGGCACAAGCGUCUGGUGAACGAGAUUCGGACUCUCAACGAACAGUUGAAGGAGCAUGAAAAAACCGCUCGGAGCACAGUACCUCCAUAUCCGAACGUUCGAUUGAACCUGAUGUCGUCGUCUGAUACCUUGCUCCAAGAUAUCUCGCUGUUGGAGGAGGUGAUUCGCAUGACCUUAGAGAUCUUCAACUCUAUUCUCACUCAUUCUCUCGCUGCGAACACCCACCUUAUCUACAACCUUCUCUACCAACGCGAGUACCUUGCACCCAUUCACAACCACCCAUCCUUCAAUGUAAGUCUCGUUUGUGGUGGAAAGUGUAACAAGGCUACUGAUUUGAUGCAGAACAUCGACACAGUUCUGGGCUUCUUUGCCUCCCGCAUUGAGAAAGACUUAGGUCCGCAGCCCACAGAGACAUCUGCAGUGAUGGCCGUCAUCAAUAAGUCCAUGGGGGAUUUCACCCGCAUCCAUACUCUCAAGGAGUUCCAGGAGCUGAAAUUCAAGUACGUGGAGGAGGAUUCGCCGGAUGAGUUCUUCAUCCCCUAUGUGUGGUCUUUGGUAUAUCGACACUCGGGACUGGGGUUUGAGCAGAAGUUGCUCCACUCCUUUGGCAGCUACGAAUACUGUGCCAGUGAGAACGAUGCGGAUGGUGAUAUUGCCACUGCUACUACCGCUUCUGAAACUACUGUCGGUAUCGACUUGACAGAUGAAGAAGAUUUAGAUUCUGUGUCUCUUCAAUUUCAAAAAAAGCGAUUCUAUGUGGAUGUAAAAAGGAAUUGGCGUGGUCGUUUUAUGAAGAUUGCAGAGGUCGGUCUAGAUGGAAGAAAGUCAAGGAUAUUGCUAACGAUGACGGCUGCGGAUGAUUUGAAGGACAAAAUAUUGGAUCUAGCAGAUGUUUAUACCGAACUCAUGAAAAACAAUGCAGAAGAGUCAGGUGAUUCUCCCGCACAUGUUCCCAAAGUCGAUGGAGUUAUCAAAUCACACACCCUCAACUAUCCCCAUCGAAGGUAUUAUCUGGAUCUUAAGAAAAAUGCCUGGGGUUAUUUUCUUCGUGUGACAAUGCUAUCGACAAACGCUCGAAUAAAGUUAGCCAUCCCUGCAGAUGGGAUGCGUGAACUAUACAAUUCGAUUUAUGGACUCUUGAAAACUUGGUGGAUUCCAGCGCCAGACAAAACCAAAAAGGAAGUAAAUUUGCCGCCCUCUCGAGCAUUUCGUAUUGAUAGUCGCACUCUUUACUUCGAUUCAGUCGCGAAUCGGCAUGGAAUCUUCCUACGUAUUUCUCAGGUUUGGGCUACCAGUCGCUCUGCAAUCACUAUUCCUGGUAAAUCUAUUGAGAGGUUUAGGGAGAUUAUCAACGAACUUGCCGACCACAUAUCUGCGGCUACAAUUGAACACAAGGAAGAUUGUUCAUCUAAUGAAUUACAAAGUAGUGAGAAUGAUAAAACAGAUUCUUCAAAUAUUUUGGAGGCCUCAGCCCUUGAAACAACCUUUCCGGAGUAA